AUGAACGAUCUGAAUAACGUUGAGUACUUGUCAAGAAUUCUAGAUAAAUGGUCUGCUUCUUCUGGACAUCUACGUCCGCCAAAAAGUGACAGGAGUAACACUCUACAAGAAAUUUAUUAUCCUGUCACUUUGGGUGGUAUGACAAAAGAUACUAUGAAUGUGAUGAACAUGUUGAUCGGCAGACGAUUUUAUACAUUUUCACCACCUGCUUUCGGCAGUAUCAAACGACCAGGUGAUGAUUUUUAUCCAUGGCAAUGUGUACUGGCUGAAGAAGCACCAGUACUGGCAACAACUGUUUAUCGUCAAGCCGUUGAUAAAGCUGAUUUUGAAUGUGUAAUAGAUGAAAGUGGUGAACUGUAUCAGCCUAGAAGGACAACUUCAGUUAGGCGUUAUCAUCCAAAAGAUAACCCACCAACAAGUUUAGGAUAUUUAAAGGCAUCAGUCAAACAAUUAUUAGAAAAUCUAAAUCCCAGUUCGAAGUCUUCGUUGAAUCAUCAUAGUUUAUUUAUUUCUCCAGUACAUCAAAAUCUAAUGGAAGCGCGCUUGAAACGUCUAAAAUUAGAAGAGAAAAUGCUAAUGCAAGCAGAGAAACUAGAUAUGUUGGAAAGAAUACGAAAACCACUACCUAGAUGUUAACUGGCUAACUAGAUCCAUACAGCAAGCUAGAGUGUUUUACGAACCACUAUAAAACCAACUUCGAACUUUCAUUUACCCACCCUAAAUGAAAAUAAUGUUAGAAACCAAGGCAAAUACAAUGAAAGCAUCAACCGUGGAUUCGUUUUUUCGACUGAGUCAUUUGUUGAACCAGAAUGAAUUUGAGAGUUCUUGGUAUACGUUUCACUGGAAUAGGCGAUUGUUUAUGCAAGUACUCGAUCAUUUACUGUCACUUUAAGCCUUCCACAUAUUUUUUUGGGAACGACCACUCGUCUUAAAAUUUAAACGUUUAUCACUGAAUGUCAUUUUAUUUUCUCUGAUUUACUGUCUAAAGAAACUGUUGUUAUUUUGACGUUUAUAUCCGCAACUUUUUAUCUGGCUGAUUUGUCUUGCAGAACACAACGUUACUAUCAACCAUAAUUCGCUCAUUACUGGGCUUUCAACAAUUUAUUAGAGUAGUAAUUUCAUUCACAUUGUCCGGAGAGUUAAGAAUAUUUUGCAUCGAACCUCAAAAAUGAGACUACUGAAAAUUCUAUGGGCAAGUUACAUAAUCAUUUAAGGACCACCGAUUAAAACGAUUAAAUACUGUUGUUCAGCUAAGACACUGAGUUGUUAACAUCCAAUCGUUAACAAGUUCACAUCUAACCUUCAGGUACAUCGCUACGAGAAGAGAGUACAUAUAAAUUUACUUGGUUAUAUGGUCAUGACAGACCAGUUAGGCGGCACAAAAAUUAAAAAAACAUUAAAUCAAGCGAACAGGAAGGCGGUUAUUGGGUUGCUAUGUUUGAAGCGAUUAUAAGUUCACCUAGUCUGCGAACGGAA